ACACUGCAACCAUAUAAAUCAGACUUCUGACAUCAGUUCUAAAAUGCAAGGCACAGCUGCUGUAGUCUGUAGUUUUCAAAAAAAUUUUGCAACACUGCAUAUCCAGCAAAAUUUGUGUGUGUGUGUGUGUGUGUGAAUGUGCUGUUUUCAACCCUAAUAUAUUGACCAAGAAUGAAACUAUUUAAAAAUUAAGAUGCCAACAGAUCACGAAGAGCCCUGUGGUCCCAGUCACAAGUCAUUUUGCCUGAAUGGGGGGAUUUGUUAUGUGAUACCUACUAUUCCCAGCCCGUUUUGUAGAUGCAUUGAAAAUUAUACAGGAGCUCGUUGUGAAGAAGUCUUUCUCCCAAGCUCCAGCAUCCAAACUAAAAGUGACCUGUUUGCAGCUUUCGUGGCAUUGGCUGUCCUAGGAACACUUAUCAUUGGUGCCUUCUACUUCCUCUGCAGGAAAGGCCACCUUCAGAGGGCCAGUUCAGCCCAGUAUGAUAUCAACCUGGUAGAGACAAGCAACACCAGUGCCCACCACAAUCAUGGGGAACACUGAAGAAACAUCAAAGUGAACCAAAGAAUUGUGUUUCUGUUACAAAGGCAGAAAACACCAUAAGGUAAGAGAAAUUAGAAGAGAUUUAAUUCUUUCUUUCCUAAAUAAAAGACUUACUUAAGUUAUUAU